CGCCUCCGCCGCGGCCGGAAAUAAUAGUUGAGCAGGCGGCGGCCCGCGGAGCCGGGCGGUAAAGACACCCAGCUCUGUCCCGCCCCGCCUGCGCCCUGGCCGUGUCGUCCCGCCUCUUCGAGCCCUGAGCCCCGCCGCCUCUAGCUGCUGUGCACCGGGAGCCCCGACGGACGUACAGAGGGACAGCGACAGACACAGAGCCCCGGCGGUCGUGCGGAGCCAGGCGGGGACCGACUCCGGAGACGCCGAGCCUGGACCGGCCGGCUGCUGUGCCCGCGAACGCUGUCCCCCUGCGCGAUAGGGAGCCCGUGGCGAGGGGACGUGCGCUCCCGCCGGCGGGCUCCGGAACCCCUGGGCGCCGCGGACCGGACCGGCCCCUCCGGCUGGCGCGACCUGGACCCCGAGCCGCCGCUGGUCUUGAUUGCGGGCGUCUGGGUCUUCGCGCGUCUUCGCGGCCCCACGUGCACUUUCCUGCCGCAGACCUGCUAUAGGGAGCCCGGCGACACCGAGGGAGCGAAACCCAGCCAAGAUUCCCGCGCUGAAGUUAGCGAAGCGGCGUCGGAACAGGGGCACUAUGAACGAAGAGGAGCACUUUGUAAAUAUCGAUUUGGAUGAUGACAACAUUUGCAGUGUUUGUAAACUGGGAACAGACAAAGAAACACUCUCCUUCUGCCACAUUUGUUUUGAGCUAAAUAUUGAGGGAGUACCAAAAUCUAAUCUUUUGCACACCAAAUCAUUAAGGGGCCAUAAAGACUGUUUUGAAAAAUACCAUUUAAUUGCAAACCAAGAUUGUCCUCGAUCUAAGCUUUCCAAAAGUACUUAUGAAGGAGUUAAAACUAUUCUGACUAAGAAGAUAAACUGGAUUGUACAGUAUGCACAAAAUAAAGAUCUGGACUCAGAUUCUGAAAGUUCUAAAAGCCCCCAGAAUCACGUGUUUGAUUUUAGGCAUAAACCAGAUAAGAAAUUACUCCCACAAUUUGACUCUCAAGUACCAAAAUAUUCUGCAAGAUGGAUAGAUGGAAGUGCAAGUGACAUCUCAAACUGUACACAAGGAAUUUUGGAGCAGAGAGAAAAUACAGACUUUGGGCUCGCUAUGUUACAAGAUCCAGGUGCCACUUUAUGCCAUAACAGUGUAUUGUGGCCUCGCACUUGCAGCCAGGCACAGAAAAAAGAAGAGGUCAUCUUCCAUCCAGAGGCCGAUGUCCAGACUCAGAAUCUGCAUUACAGCAGAGAGGAAUUGAAUUCAAUGACCCUUGAUGAGGUAAAACAACUGAAUACAAAGCUCCAACGGCAAAUCCAGGAAGUUUUUGAAGAGUUAACACAUCAAGUGCAAGAAAAAGAUUCUUUGACAUCACAGCUCCAUGUCCGUCAUGUUGCCAUUGAACAGCUUCUCAAGAACUAUUCCAAGUUACCGUGCCUGCAAGUAGGACGAACAGGAAUGAACAACUGAACUAAAUUUACACAUACUUCAUAUACUCUGUCCUUUUCUGGUCUGCUAAGCAUGCACACUUUGAAGAGGUUUGAAGCAAGUUAUGGUCCAUUACUUUAUGGGCAUAAGACGGUACUUAACAUUUUUGUCUAAUAAAGCAGAUCAUUAUACUCUGAUCCUCUAGGGUUCAUUUUGGGAAUCUUUUUCCCAUAAUUACUAAAUGUCCCUCCCUAACUUUUACCAUGUGUGACUACUUAAAUAUACUGUUACAAUGUGAUUUUAUGAAACAUUUUUAUGUAAGUCACCUGUCAAAACAGUAGAUUAACAAACUCAGAUUGAACUACUAAAGACAAUUUUUAAGAGGGAAAUGGAAUUCAUAGUAACACCUCUUAUUUAUUAUGAGCAAUAUUUUAAUAUAAAAUUUUAUAUGUAAAAACACUAUUUUAGGUACCUUUUCAUUCUCUUUAUAAAUAUAUUUGAAUGGCUCUAAGUAUUUACUCCUUGUGUAAAAUAUGUUCACCCAUAUUUCAGAUCACUGCAUUUUAUUCUCUGAAUAGAAUGUUUUUACAACUUUUAUCUUGCUUUCCAAAGAUAAAUGUAUUUUGAAGUAGAAAUCUAUCUAGUUGAGUUGUUUAACUUCUAAAACCUUAUGAAAAAGAAAUUAAUAACUUUUUAAAGCAAUUAAAAUAAAAAUAGAAUACAUUAUUGUUUUCUAACAAAAGCAUUUCUUAGUUUAGGAAGAGAGUACUAAUUUUUGUAUGUCACUUUAUCUCCAUAAAAAGGAUAGCCUCUCCCAUUUCAUUUAGUAUUACUUUUAUGUGUUUGAAUUUGGACAGAGUAAGUCAAGCCUCACUUUCAAGUCAAAUGUAUCUUACCUUCCAAAUGAAAAUAAUGCUCCCCUCCCCUCAAAAAAAAGAAAAUGUUCUGUUUUUGAAAAAAAAUAAAAUUAUUCCUUGUGGCACUUUGGGAUAAAGUUUCAAAAAUCCUUAAACUGUCCAAAUUCUGUUUUCGACUUCAUUGAAAUUCUCAAAAAAAGCAUUAUAAAGUAUUUUUCUAAACUUUACAGGGAAAGAGAAAAUUGCUUGACACAAGAAAAACAAAACUCCUGAUUCAAUAAAAUAAGGCCAUGUUUGAAAGGCUAUUUAUUAUAAGUGGCCUGUGGUAUUUCUAAACAGUUCUUAAUGAAUAGUCUUAAGCAGCUAGAUAUUUUUAAUAAUGUAUUAUACUAAGAGCUAUAACCAAUGCAAAAUCAAAAUGGGCUCUAGAUUGUUUCCAACUGGUGCUUAAAAUGUAUUUGUGAGGUAAAUCUUUUGCUCAGAGAAUCUACAGAAAAGCCCAUAAACUUGGCAGCUUUUCCCAUAAAGAGAUGAAUGACUUCUGCCUUAAAUUUGGUAGCCUGUCCUGGCUUGGGUCAGAUUUUUAGUUUUGAACACAUACAGUGUUUCAUACUAGGCAAAGAAAUGUUUUUGUCUAGUUGAAAGCAACCUUUUGUAAAUGCUAAGAUGUACUAAGUUGGCCUAAGAGUAUUAAUCGAUGUCCCAUUGACUUUGUUUUGUUUUUCUUUGGAACUGUCAAGCUUUUUAGCAGAAGCUUUUGAAAAAUGCUUUUAAUCUCUCAGUUCUUUGAGUCAUCCAAAAUGAAUUUAAAAUUCUGGAAGUAGGGAUGGAUGCAUUGCCUUUGUUUUGAUAAGCUUUAAAUUGAAUGUGUGCAAUAAGAAAAUGUCCAAAUUUAUAAGUUGGAUAAAGACAUGUCCUGAUUAUGCCAGUAAGUAUUUUAGUGCUUGUUAUGGUACAUUUUCAAAUUGAUUUUACUCUUCCUUGGCAUAAUGCGUUAAGAAUGUUACCAGCCAGGGUUGUUGUACACAUUUGGGCUUGUUUAGAUGACUUGGAGACAGUCAUAAAAGUUUGAGAUGCAUUGCAUUUGUUAUCAGUAAUAAGCAUGUUUUUAAAAUAGGAGCCAUAGGGUUCAGUCCUAAAUACAAUAGUGUUUUCCAAAGAAAGUGUCUGCUUAUCUCUUAAAGAUUUUUCUUGCAGACAUGUAGCUUUACUAAUGAGUUUGGAAUACCUGAGUAGGAUUGUGCAUGUCCUAAGUUCUUGUUUGGGCCUCUGAUUUAUUCCAUUUAGGUAUUGUUACUUAAGCUUAUUUUCGAAAGGAAGGUCCUCCUAAAAACAAUCUGUGGUGCUGGUACUCACAUUAGUAUUUAUUCAGAUGAAUUUCUAGAAGAAAAACAUUUAUUAAAGUAUUUUGCACAGCAGUUUAUCCAAAUAUUUGGUAAACUUAGAUAUUUCUUUGCUUUCUUGAUUGAAUAUGCAAUUAUUAUAUAUGCAAAAAAUAAGGAUCAGGGACAGAGAUGAAUUCUAAUGUGACAGAACAUGAAAUAUCUCAAAUAUUGGUUUCCAUAGUUGGCUAUUCUGUAUAGUUGUCAGUAUAUUUUGAGGAGAUAGAAAAAAAAUCUGCAUGGCAAAAAUGGUGAAAGAUAGAUUGCUACUCAGGCAUUACUAACAUUAUCAGUUUAUAUGAUUUAAGGGGAGGUGAAAUAAGAGUAAAUUUUUUUACAUUAGACUUCAUAAUUUGGUAAGUUAAAUUUAGAAAGUCAGAAUGAAAAAGUGACUUUUAAUCAUGAUAUCUUUAGAGAUCAGAGAAAGUUUUUAUGUGCCUAGCAUAUGUAAGGCCCUGGGAUUGAUACCCAGCACCACAAAAACAACUAAAUAGAUGUUUUUAAAUGGUCCAAUUUUAUGUUUACUUUAAGAUUAUCAGCUUAUCCUUUGAUCCUACUAUUAAUAUCUAAAUUGCUCCUUUGAAAAGGGCAUGCACAUCAGACACCAAUAAAGAUGAUUCAGGCAGCUGAAUGAUGUUUUUAUUCUAUUAUGUAGUUUCCUCUACAAAAUGUUGUAGCAAAGAGACCUUAUUUUCCAAAAUAUACAUAUGUUCAUUUCACCAAAAAGUGCCCAUUUUUAUAUACAUUUAAGAUUUAUAUUUAAAAUACCAAAUUCAUGUUUGCAAGUGAUUUCAGAAAUAAAAUACUGGUUUUUUGUUUCUUUUUUUUUUUUUUUUUUUUUUUGUCAUCUCAAUAGAUACCUUGUUUUUUCAUUUGUUUGUGGUCCUGGGGAUUGAAUCCAGUACUUUCACAGAGCUGUAUCCUCAGCGCUUUUCUUUUCUUUCUUUCUUUUUUUUUUAAAAUUAAUUUUAUUUCAUAUUAUUUUUGAGACAGGGUAUCACUAAGACUCUAAAUUGCCCAGGCUUGGCUUGAACUUGGCAGUUCUCCUGCCUCAGCUUUCCAGAGUGCUGAGAUUACAGGCUGUGUACUACCCUGCCUGCCUCAGUUUUGUUUUUAUGUUUAAUCAUAUCCUUUGCCACUGAAAAAUGGUUUAAAGUACUUUCUUGUUUUUUAAGUUUAUACUUUGUUUACCUUGGUGUACAUUGUUGAGGCUUAUAAUUUUUGCUAGUCUUUCAAACUUUUUUUUUUACUGAUUUGUGUUUAAUGUUUACCACUUUUUAUUUUGUUUUAUUUUAGAGGAAACCUUUCAUUAUAAACAUUAUAAAAUGCCAUACAAAAUGUAUAUGCUUUAAAGUUAAAUAGGAAUUUUUAAAGAUUAAAUUAUUUGUGUAGCUUGUUAGGAGGUUCCAGCUAGUAACAAUAAACGUAGGUUACAUGUCCAUGAAAAUUUUAAAAUGGUACAGUGUUAAAGUCUUAUAGUGUUAUUUUUUCUGACUUUUGCCAGUUCAUUUACUGACAGAUACUAUUGCUUAUACUGAAGUAAGAUAGUUGAGUAUUUUUGAAUACUUACUAAGUGUUAAUACUCUAUAAAAUUUUUUAAAUAUCUUCUCAGAUGUGACUGUGGAGCAAAGAUAAUUGAUUUCAUUUCAGUAUAUAGUUGCAUUUUGAACUUUAGCUUGGUGGAAUUGAUUGUAUGAGAAAAUUUGUGGUUAAAAUUAGUAAGAGAUAAAACCCUCAGCAGGUUAUUCUUGCCAAGUUAAUGUUUGUAGUGAUGGGGUAAAGGGGUUUAUGUACCAGAAGAAGUUAAUAAGGGUCUGGGAAAAAGGAAGAAGGCUGCAGUGCUGUGACUAGAAUAUCAAAGUUCUAUCUUGCAUCAGUAUUUUCAUUUUACUUCAUCCUUUCGCAUUUGCCCUUGUUAUGAUAUCAGGCUAUUGGUACCUUGAUGCAAAACAUAUUAUAACAAUCUUGAGCACUAGAAAUUGAGGUGGGGGGUGUUCUGUGGUAAGAGUGCUUGCAUACCAUCCAUGAGGUCCUGGUUGGGAACAUAUAAUUUCACUAUUAUAUUUGGUUUAAAGAAUCCACAUUAGUAUUACAUUUUAGUGACAGUAAAUUAUCCCACAAUUUUAAGUUCUCUAAGGUGAAACAAAAAACCAUGGAAUGAGUUCCCCCCAAAAGAAGUGUGUGUGUGUGUGUGUGUGUGUGUCUACAUGUACACACAUACAUGUAUUCAUACUUUGCUUUCAAUGUAAGUACCAUGUGCUUUGGUCAUUGAAUUUAGUCUCUUUUCAGUGUUAGAAAUUUAUUUUAUAAAACUGUGCUGAGACUUUUGGAGAAAAAAUGAAACUGCUGUGAUAAAAACUAAGUGUUUCAAAACUAGACAUUUGGUCAUAUUUUCUUUGGAAAUUGCAAUAAUUUAUAUAUUUGUAUCUUGCUUUGGAACUGUAACAAUAUAUGCUUGUCUACUAUUUUUAAUUUUACAACAAUAAAAUAAAUAUUUUGUUAUUUGCUAGCUUCA